AUGGCAUCCGCCGACGAGGAUGAGUGGAAUGAUUACUCGAACGCCCUCAAGUUGUCUGAAAAAAUCGAACAAUUACAUAAGGAACAUGUUAAAGAGAGAAACCAAUUAAAAGAAUUCAGUGGUAGAACGUCGAGCGACUGCUAUAAGCCGCAUCAGAAUGAAAAUAAAAUAGGAAACGAUGCAAAAAACCGUGACGUUAUAAAACGUAGGAUGUACAAUUACGAUGUUAUUAAUUAUUAUAAAGACGAAACGAUAUUAAGGAAAAAAAUAAUGGAAUUGUCAGAUGAUAUAAUGACAGCAAUAUAUCACAUUUACGAUAUUUUUCGUCUUUGCAAGGAUAAUGUUUUUCUGUGUGCAUAUGCUAAAUACAUACAUGAUGUGAAGGGGGAAAGAAAAAAACCAAAGUUAAUUUACUUUAAAGACGAAGUAAACGAAUUUCCAGAAGUGUACCAAUUUUUAAACGAAUGUGUAUAUAUGUACGAUUUUGACAUUACUGUUAUUAAGGGGACAUGGAAAAGUAGCAUUACAAAAUUUAUAGAAACUUUCCAAAAACAACAUCGAAUUAGCAGGAUAGAUCAAAUGAAGGAAAAUUUCGUCGAUUCUUGUGAAUUCUUCCCAACUAUAGCAUUUAUUAAUGGCACAAGGUUUAACGACACGAAUAGUGAAAAGUUACAAAUUUUGAAUAUCAGUUCAAGGGGACUCCCACCAUACUUGUAUUUAAAUCCAGUUUUUUACUGGACCUAUGGAGCCAUUUGGACAUUUAUUUUAUAUUUUAAAUUUGAUUAUUGCAUUUUAUAUAAUCAUGGCUACUCCUCCAUCGGUUCAGUCCAUGAUACCGUGAAAAAUGAAUUCUUAAAAUGCAACGAUUGCUAUUUACCUGCCUAUUUCUUGAAAAACUGGGACUACGAAAGACACAAUAGAGUAUCACCUGAAGAGAACCAAGGGGAAAAUUCCUAA